AUGUCUUUAUUCCGGACUGUGAUUACAGACAGUCUGUUAGAAUACUUUAGUCAGUAUGGGGAGGUCAUUGACUGUGUUGUUAUGAAGAAUCCAGAGACCGGAAAGUCACGAGGGUUCGGUUUUGUGACCUACAGAGACACAUCAUGUGUGGAUACAGUGUUAUCAGUACCAGCACAUAUUGUAGACGGAAGACAGGUGGAUCCAAAAGCAUGUAACCCAAAAGGUACAAACCGAGGUGGUGGAGGAGGUGCAGGUGGUGGACAGAUGGGUGGAGAACAUAGAAUGAACAGGGGACCUAGAGGCGGGGGAGAGAGGUCCCACAGGGAGAAUAGGAAGAUAUUUCUAGGGGAUCAUUUACUUAAUGUGAUUGAUGAGGGAAGCAUUUAG